UGGGACACUGUUUGAAAAAAAAAAGUCAAGCUGUCAUGUCAUGUCAAGAUCUAUGAGUAGAAUACUUGGUAGUAAUUAAAUAAAAUAGGGAAUGCUCUUUGGAAAUGUAUUAUAAUUGUCUUGUUAAGUGAAAUUAAUAAAAAAAUAUUUUAGUGUCAAGUGUACUACAUGAAUGUAUUUGAUAGUUGAAGUAUAAACGAGUGGCAUACAUGGCUCAGCGCUUUCCUACAAGCGGGCCAAGCGCCGCGCCUCCUCCAGGCCCAAUGCAACCUCAACAGCGGUACCCUGGCCCUGCACAGCCUCCUGGAUCUCCAAUGCCACCAAGACCAUACCCUGGACCUAAUUUCCCUGCUCGCAGUGGGUUCACACCCCCACCCGGGGGCGCGGGGGGCGCGCCGCCUGCAGGAGGGCGCGCGGCCGGCGGUGCGGCGUACGGCGGCGGCCCGGCGCCCGCGCCCCUACGGCCUUCGCCCGCGCCCGCGCCCCCGGCGGCCGCCAAGCGACCGGGCGAGGCCCGCGGGCCGGCGCCGCACAAGCCGGGGCUGUACGGGGCGGAGGGCUACGCAGCCGGCGCGGGCGGGGCGCAGGCUCCGAAGCGCAAGAAACGGUUGGCCGAUAAGAUCCUGCCGCAGAAAGUGCGCGAUCUGGUGCCGGAGUCGCAGGCCUACAUGGACCUCCUCGCCUUCGAACGUAAACUGGAUGCCACAAUUAUGCGGAAACGACUCGACAUUCAAGAAGCCCUCAAACGCCCCAUGAAACAGAAAAGGAAACUCCGGAUAUUCAUCUCUAACACUUUCUAUCCAGGUCAGGGUGACAACGCUGUGCCAUCUUGGGAGCUCCGUGUCGAGGGCCGUCUGCUGGAUGAUACCAAAAACGAUCCUAACAAAAUGUUGCAGGUGAAGCGCAAGUUCUCAUCGUUCUUCAAGUCGCUGGUGAUCGAGCUGGACAAGGAACUGUACGGCCCCGACAACCACCUCGUGGAGUGGCACCGCACGCUCACCACGCAGGAGACGGACGGCUUCCAAGUGAAGCGGCCCGGGUACAAGAACGUGCGCUGCACCAUUCUGCUGCUGCUGGACUACCAGCCGCUGCAGUUCAAGCUGGACCAGCGCCUGGCCCGACUGCUGGGGGUCCACACGCAGACCCGGCCCGUCAUCGUCAACGCGCUGUGGCAGUACGUGAAGACGCACAAACUGCAGGACGUGCACGAGCGGGAGUACGUGGCGUGCGACAAGUACCUGGAGCAGAUCUUCGGCGCGUCGCGCAUGAAGCUGGCCGAGGUGCCGGGCCGCCUGGGCGCGCUGCUGCACCCGCCCGACCCCAUCGUCAUCAACCACGUCAUCGCCGUCGAGCCGCCGCACGACACCAAGCAGACGGCCUGCUACGACAUCGACGUCGAGGUGGACGACACUCUGAAGACGCAAAUGAAUAACUUCUUGCUGAGCACUGCCAACCAGCAAGAGAUCCAGGGCCUGGACUCCAAGAUUCACGAGACCGUGGACACUAUCAACCAGUUGAAGACCAAUCGCGAAUUCUUCCUGAGCUUCAGUAUGGAUCCGCAGCAGUUCAUCCAGAAGUGGCUAGUGUCGCAGUCGCGUGAUCUCAAGAGCAUGGGCAGCGCGGGCGCGGGCGGCGGCGAGGAGGAGCGGCUGGGCGCGUACUACAGCCAGGCGUGGGCCGGCGAGGCCGUGGCGCGCUACCUCACGGCGCGCCUCGCCGCGCGCCGCCGCGACCUCGAGCUGGCGCUGCAGCAUCCCCCCCCGCACCCCCACCCCCACCAACACACGCCGCACCUCGCGCGCCUCUAACCGCGCCGCUACACGCUCUAACUUCUAAUAAACUUUUUAUUCCGAU